AUGGACCUUCCUGCCCCUGCUGCUGCCACCCCUGCCCUGGCCCUGGCCUCAGCUCCAGCCCUAGCACAGGGCUCCCUGGCACUGCCCUUCCUGGGAAACCCAUCGCCCCUUCUCUCCUCUGGACAAGAAGUAAAUAAAUAUGAACGAGGAGCUUCUCUUUGGAGGCCCUGGCUGACCUCUACAAAUGACCUCCCCAGGCAGGUGAGGAAACGUGUGGAUUUGGCCCCCGGUGGGACAACAGGUGCCAAGGUCACCAAGGUUGACUUUGAGUUCCAUCACCCGGUCAGACUCUUUUGGCCUAAAUCCUGCUCCUUUGACUACCUGUACAGUGAUGGGGAGAUUUUACUGCAGAACUUCCCUGUCCAGGCAACCAUCAACCUCUAUGAGGACUCAACCAGCGAGGAGGAGGAGGAAGUGGAGGAGAGAGAAGAGGAGGAGAAAGAGGAAGCAGAUGGAAAGGGGCCAGAAGGGUGUGUGAAGGUACCAGGGUCAGCACCACACAGGGCCACAGCUCAUUCUCCCUCCCUGCCCCGACCUGUCCCAACUGAACCAGUCAGUCUGAUGGGGUUCAUUAUGCCUGGCAACGUUUCAGGGCAUUGA